AAUUUAUUGCAAACCAAGUAAGUCACCAAAAGAAAAAGCUUGUACAGAAAUGGAAUGGGAAUGGAGCUAUCUGUUUUUCUCAUCAAUCAUUUUGUUACCAGCUUUUAUCCUAUUUUUUUCUAAGAAAAAGACUAGUAAAUGUUCCAACAAAUUACCUCCAGGACCACCAGGAUUACCAAUUUUUGGUAACAUGUUUGAAUUAGGAACUGAACCAUACAAAAAAAUGGCUAGUCUAAAGCAGAAAUAUGGUCCAGUUUUGUGGUUAAAACUUGGCACCUCAUCCAACAUUAUGGUUGUUCAAACAGCUCAGACUGCUGCAGAACUAUUCAAGAACCAUGACAUUUCCUUUGCAAAUCGAGCAAUCGGCGAUGCAAAUUUACCACACAAUUACCCUCAGGGGUCUCCGGCUUUAGCCCCCUAUGGCCCCUUUUGGCGUUUUCUAAGGCGUAUAUGUACUGUGGAUAUGUUUGUACACAAAAAGAUCACUGAAACAGUGCCAGUAAGGCGAAAAUGUGUGGACAACAUGUUAAAAUGGAUAGAGAAAGCAGCGAAUUCUGCUGAAAAAGGAGGUGGGAUUGAGGUAACGCGUUAUGUGUUCCUAGCAUCGUUUAAUAUGCUAGGGAAUCUGAUUCUGUCGAAAGACUUGGCUGAUCCAGAAUCCGGGGAGGCCUCGGAGUUCUUUAACGCCAUGAAGGGAAUCAUGGAAUGGUCAGGUAUCCCUAAUGUUUCCGAUAUAUUUCCAUUUCUUAGAAAGUUUGAUUUACAAAAUUUGAGAAAAAAGAUGACACGAGACAUGGGGAAGGCCAUGGAAAUCGUGUCUAUUUUUCUCAAGGAACGCAAGGAAGAACGAAAGAAGGGUGAGGACAAGGGGAAAGAUUUCUUGGGUGUGUUGCUUGAAUUUGAGGGUAAUGGAAAAGAUGAACCAGAUAAACUAUCAGAACAUCAGAUGAAAGUUUUCAUAUUGGAAAUGUUUUUAGCCGGUUCAGAGACAACUAGCAGCAGCGUAGAAUGGGCACUGACAGAGCUUCUGCGCCAUCCAGAAGCGAUGGACAAAGUGAAAAGAGAGAUAUCAGAAGUAGUAGGACCAAACAGGAAGUUUGAAGAAAGUGAUAUUGACAAUCUCCCUUAUAUGCAAGCUGUAAUCAAAGAAUCACUUCGUUUACAUCCUCCUCUCCCUUUCUUGAUCCCAAGAGAGACGGUUCAAGACACCAAGUUCAUGGGAUACGACAUACCAAAAGGCACUAGAGUCCUGGUAAACACCUGGGCGAUUGGAAGAGAUCCUGAAUGUUGGGAAGAUCCUAUGAGUUUCAAGCCCGAGAGGUUUCUUGGGUCAAAAUUGGACGUGAAGGGUCAGCAUUAUGAGCUAAUUCCGUUUGGUGCUGGACGGAGGAUAUGUGUUGGUUUGCCUUUAGGCCAUCGAAUGAUGCAUUUCGCUCUGGGAUCGUUGCUUCAUGAGUUCGAAUGGGAGCUUCCUGAUUGCGUCUCUCCUAAAUCUAUCAACAUGGAUGAAAGCAUGGGAACGACUGCCAGAAAAGCCCUCUCUUUGAAAGUAAUACCAAAAAGGGCUUGAUAAAUGAUAAGUUAUAGCUUGUUUAUUUGAACGGUCUUUUACAUAUAACAUACUGGAUCGUUUUGUAUUACUUGUAUUGUAUUAUUGUUUUGAUGAACAUAACGUUUGUAUGGAUUAUAUCGUUUCCAUUGUUACAUACAAUAGGUAACGACCAUCCAAACAUGCUGUUAUCAUAGUUAAUCUUAUAGCGCCAACUUUGGUA